UAACAUUCGCGAAACUGGCCAUUCUUGACCUCCGGGGCUUUCCGUAGUUUUCAAAAACAUCAUGGCAGCUUCAAGAGGGAGCAGUAAAGAACCUGAACUAUCGAAGGCGGAAUACUUAAAACGUUAUUUAUCUGCUGGUGAAGAUGAGAAAAAAUCAAAAGGGAAGCUCAAAAAGAAACGACGUAAGGUUCCUGGACAAGGGUGAGUCUGCCUAAAAAUAGUAGACGACGACAUAGACUGGCAGCAGAUGGUCAACCAGGACGAAGAGGUUGAAGAGGACGAAGAAGAGGCUCCAGUGAUAGCUGAGGUGAUUGAUGAGAGACCAGAUGACAUCAAACAACUGGAAGCCUUCAGAUCCAGCAACAGAUGGAAAGUGAUCGGAGCUGAAGACGAUGAGGACGAAGAAGGUGAGAUAGAAGGAGACCAACAGCAUCCAGAGGAAUCAAGCAGGAGUCGCCAUGAUUCACCAGAUAUUUCACCAAAGAGAAUGAGACAUGAUCCUCCCAGGAGAGGUCGCCAUGACUCUCCUGACAUUUCCCCCCCAAGGAGAGGCCGCCAUGACUCUCCUGACCUGUCACCUCAGAGGAAAUCAGGGAAGGUGCAAAGAAAAGGAAGCGGGUGAGAAGUAAUUUUUGGAGCUAAACCUGGCCGAGUGGAUUUUACCACUUCACAAACAACCAAAAACCUUAAAGAAGGAAGAAAAGAAGGCUCAGAAAGGCAUGAUUCGGACUCCGACCAGUCACCCCACGUAAAGGCCUGUAAGGGAGAAGCUCCAGACUCUGACCAGUCCCCUCCAAGGAGGGCAAAAACAGAGGAGGUGUCUGAUUCUGACCAGUCGCCACCAAGGAGGCGACCACAGAGUGGGAACAGUUCUGAUGGGUAUUUGUCACCACCUCGUAGCCCUGUUUCAGGGUACCAGAUGCUCUCUGGUGGGAAGCAGGUCUCGUCUCCUGCAGAUAUUUUAUAAGGAGAGCAGGAGGAGAACCGACGCAGAGAGAGAAACAACCAACCACUUGAAGAUGAAUCUCGCAAUGCACACGACAGUGUUCGAGACAAGAGCGGUAAACGGAGAGAUUUGGAAUCAGAGAGAGAAGAACAGAAGAGGAAAGCUGGAGAAAAAAGCUGCAAGGAUGAGAAAUACGCUCAGUGGGGAAAAGGGUUGGCUCAGGGUCAGAUGCAGCAGCAGAAACUUGACGAUGCAGUACAUGAGGCUCAGAAGCCUCUGGCUCGUCACUGCGAUGAUGAGGAUCUUGACCGCAUGUUGAGAGAGCAGGAAAGAGAGGGAGACCCCAUGGCCGCCAUGCUCAGACGGAAAAAAGACCGCAGUUCAAAAACAGAGAAACCUCGAUAUAAAGGCCCGCCUCCUCCUCCAAACCGCUUCAAUAUUCUACCAGGUCAUCGCUGGGAUGGGUGUGACAGGUCAAACGGUUUUGAACAGAAACGCUACAUGCGGAUGGCAGAUAAAAAAGCUGUCCAGGACGCAGCUUAUAAAUGGAGCGUGGAGGACAUGUAACGGCUAACCUGUGGAUCAAAAGUGGAGCUGUAGAGCAGAGGCCAGAAGUUGAUGAAGAAAAUAUCUACUGUUGAAAGAAGUGCUAAGAAGACAUGUAAACUCAAAAGACUAGAGUUUUCGAAUUCAGAGGACAAUCAAGCUUUUAAAGCAGCUUGACUGUACAAUGAACAUCAGGUUAUAACAAGCUGAUAGACUACAUCAUUAACUGUACAUAGCAGUGAAGUGAUUUCUAUUUGAUUCUUAAGUGACAGCGUCUUUAUGAUUUUGUAAUAACUACUUCAAUUUUGAGCCAGAAAGAUGUUUUUCAUUGUUUUAUUAAAUAUUUUUUUGUAA